AUGGAUCGAGAGAGGCCGCGGUCAGUAACGCCUCAGAGCCAGAAAAGCUCUCAGCGAAGGCAUGGCUUGAAGAUGCAAAUGCUUCCGGUCCCCAACGAUCUGAAGCCCCAAGAGAGGCUGCGAAUGACGCAGGAAGAAGACGGCUUGCAAGAGGACUUGGAUGAGUACCAACGCGAACGCCUACAAUCCAGUUUCGAAAGAGAUGAGGAUUUCAAGUUCAAACGACACAAGCACCGGAACAACGCGGGCACCGCCAGUUUGGGAGAGAGACUGGAUAAUAUUCACGAGCAACAGCGCGCCCGCUGGAUGGACAACUUUAAUUCGUCAGCUAAUAUGGACCGUUUUCCUCGUUCUUCGCAGCGCGAAAGAUCAUCGCAAGAGUCGCAACAUCCACAGCAGUCAAUGCUGCCUCUCCCGACGGCUCCUUACAUGCCUUACAUGUACUAUUAUCCCUACGGUCCGCCUAUGGCGCAUCCCCAUAUGUCGACUUCUCCAUCUAGAGCUGGGGACCAAGAAAUGGCACAAUAUGUCAAUUCCUCACAAGGAUACCCCAACACCUCCACACAACCAUUUAUGCCUCCAAUGCCCCCUCCCAAUAGUCAGUUAAUGCCACCACCACCGUUAUAUCCAGGCUACUCGGCGUACAACUAUUAUAAUGACGUCCAGAGUAGUGUGGCUAAGAAGAGUCAACAGCGGCGGGAAAAGCGAAAUUCUCUAAUGGCCCAAAGAGGUCGCAGAUUAUCGCUCCUGUCGUUACAAGACAAUAGCCACAUAAUAUCACCUCACAAGGACGUACCCGAGCACGAUUUUUAUAGACACAUCGCAAACACAUCUUUUGGCCAAGAUUUGCAAAUACGACAGCUUUUCAGCUGGUGCUUAAUUCGUUGUCUUAGAAAAUGGGAAAACACAGAUCAUUCACCCACUUCAAACGAGGACAAGGGUAACGGAAAGGCGUACGUGGAUCCGAAAAGGAUAUCAUUGGUUAUUAUAAAGGAAUUUGUGGAAGAAUUGCGGAAAGGGAAACUAGACGUCAGUUGGGAUGUUGAAGAGUCGGAAGAUAGUGCUAUUGAAGACAAUACGCGAUAUCAGGAGGAAGACACUGAGCUGCGAGAACUAUUCGAAGAUGACGACGAUGACGACAGCCAGGUUGCACGCAAAAGUCGCAAGAGAAGAAGUAGCCGAAAGCAUUUAAUUAAGUUACCAAACGAAAAAAAUGUACAAAACGCAAAAAACCUGCAUGUGUUACAGAAACAAAUCGAUGCGUUGGAAGAUGAAAUAAAGCGGUGGAUUCAUGAACUGGAUGAACCAGAGAAGACGAGUGAAUGGCAGGUUUUCGGAAAAGAACUGGCAAAUAUAAAAGAGACCUUGGGUCCUAACGGUUCGCUCUAUUCUUCACAGGAUCUGGAAUACGAUCCAGUACCAGAACUGGAGGAAAAAAUUCGCUCUAGAAUGGACAAUCUAUACGCCAUAAGUCACUUCUUGCACUCAAACGCGGAGGUUUUGUCUCACAGCGCACAAUUGAGAUUGCAAAGCUUGUCGAACUGCAUCAACCUUAAUAUAUUCACGUCUCAAGCGGCUGUGCAACCAAAAGAAAAUAUCAAGAGCCUGUUGACCGGACUGAGCAGGCUUAUGGCUCGACCUAAUAACGAUUCUUAA